AUGUCGCUCCAAGUGAACGACCCACGGUCGCGCACCCGCUCCAAAUCCCCCGGCGGCCGCGAACGCUCCAGGUCGCGCGACAGCAGAGCCCCGUCGCCUUCGCCGUCGUCCCGGCCACGCGAUCGCUCCCCCGCGGUGGAGAUCGCUCCAUCAUCUCGACGCUACGACCCGGAUGAUGAUGCGGAGAUCGACCGCCAGUACAAGCUGUUAAAAGAGCGGCAGCGCGAUGCGGAAGAGCCGCGAGCGAGCAAUAUCGUUUCGCGCGCUCCUCGCAGCCCCGCUCGGUACGAUGUGCGACGCUCCGACUCAGAGGAUGAUGAGAAGUAUAAGCGCCGCGAACGCACCAGCGACAAAUCGUCCCGACGGCGUCGCGACGAUCACUACGAACAUUCGGAUUCCGAGGAGGAUGUCAAGUACGUGACGCGGGAGCCCCGCCGUCGGCCCUCCUCGCCCCCGGGUCGUAACAGUCACAGUCGGCCGGUUGAUUCGGACUCGGACGACGGUGGGCUGGCCUAUGGCGACGAUCACGGAGGCCAUCCCAGCUAUGCGCGGCCCAACAAAUAUCAAUAUGCGCAGCCCUCGCACUACCUCUACAGCCAGCCCGGGGCCCCGCGCCAACCCGCCUACCCGGAGGCACAGUCAGACUGGGCGCCGGUUCCCGAGUGCGAGCGUCCGGGCUUUGUCCCACCGUCCUCGCAUCCGGGGGAGCAUCCGGGGAUGCCGGGGGGAUUCCCUCCGGCUUCGACGUACGCGGAUGCGUCUGGAACGGCCGCACCGACGUUCCCCCAGCCACACUACGCGACUCUGCCGCCUCAGCAGCCUAUUCCCUAUUCUGCUGGCGGCGUGGGUUAUGCGCCUUCUCAUUAUCGCUCUUCGUCGAGCAACGACGUUGCGCACCCACCGCCAUCGCAAUAUGCCCAGCCAGCCCAAUUCCAAUAUGCGCAGGUGGAUCCCAAUGUCCGGUACUCGUCCAAGACGGCGGCCAAGCAAUCGUAUACGGCUUCGCCGCAGGAACAGUUCGAUAGGUCGCCGCCAGAGCAGCAUGUCAAACCGUACCGGUACAGCAGCCAGCCGCAAUUCGUAGAGAUCACGCCCGGUGGGGGUCGGUCAAGCGGUCGACCUCACAGUCUGUCUGUUUCAACAUCGGGUAAUCUGGCUGCGCCGGGGGCCGAUCAUGCUCAUGGUCCUCCGCCGGCCAGUCCCUUGCUGGAGCCGUACCAUGGAACUUACCAGUCCAUGUCGCCCAUGCCAUCGCCCAUCGUGAUUCCAUCCGCACACGAUCGGGAUGAUGACAUCUCGGAUCUCGAGCCUCUCGACGAAAUGUCCAACUCUGAAUCUGGCCGGCUCAAGAAACACCGAAAGUCGACCAGCGAGAAGGACAGCCGGCACCGAAGCAGUAAGGACAAGAGCAAGGAAAAGGAAAAGGAUGAGCGCAGGGAUGAUAAGCGGCGCAGCCGCCCAAGCGCUGGUCGGGAUCGACAUGAUUCUGCUUCUUCGGUGGCCGCUGUGGAUGGGAUAGUUACGGUCUCCCCGACCGCCGGGCGAAAGCGCGUGUCAUUCUACGAUGCUGGGGCCGACGCUGCGGCGAUGCAGGCCGCGUUGAGCCACACGCGCAGCAUUGACUACAAGCCCAUCAUUCAAAUCCUGCCACGACUGAACAACGAUGAGAUGGCGGAAUUGCGCCAGGAGUACAAGAAUAGGGUUAAGCUGCAUGGCAAGGGGAUCAAUCUUGCUAAACAUAUCAAGCACCAGGUGCAGGGCAGUGCGACGUUCAACAAAGUGUGCUAUGCGACUGCCCUGGGCCGCUGGGAAUCCGAGGCUUACUGGGCCAACUGCUACUACCAGGCCGGCACUUCACGACGGGAGCUACUCAUCGAGUCGCUGAUGGGCCGAUCCAACUCUGCCAUUCGCGAGAUCAAGAACUGCUUCCGCGACUCCCGGUACGCAGACAGUCUCGAGCGCUGCAUGCGCUCUGAAUUGCGCGCCGACAAGUUCCGCACCGCGGUGCUGUUAGCUCUCGAAGCCCGCCGCCAGGAUGAACGCGAGCCCCUCGACCCGCGUCUGUGCCGCCGAGACGUCCAGGACCUGCACCAGGCCCUCAUCAUCGUGCUGCGCAGUGACUCGCAUCUGCGCGAGGUGCUGCGUGCGUACGAAUCCGCCCACGGGCAUAAUUUUGCGCGUGCGAUGAUUGCCAAAUCGCGUAACCUCGUGGGAGAAACCCUGGCGCACAUCCUAAAUGGCGCCAUCAACCGUCCCAUGCGCGACGCGCUGCUCCUGCACCAGGCCCUGCGUGAAUCACGCUCCGGCCGCGAGCGGUCGGAGCUGCUUAUCUCGCGCCUCGUGCGCCUUCACUGGGAACCGCGGCAUCUGGAGCAGGUCAAGACGGAGUAUCGGCGUCGGUAUGGCGAGCGGCUGGAGGAGGCCAUUGCCGAGGAGGUCAUUACGACUAGUGGCGGGAGUGAAUGGGGGGAGUUUUGCAUUGAGCUAUCGCGCAGCAGCAGCAGCAGCAGCUCGUAG